UUGUCAGCUAACACUUAAUGACAACUUUCUAGGUGGUUCUGCAGACAGCAUGGAGGAGGGCUACCUAGCACUGCGAUGGAACAACCACAACACCAUCUUCACCAAGAUCCUCACCCUCCUUAGGGAGCAGGAGGCUUAUGUGGAUGUUUCCUUAGCUUGUGCAGGAAGAUUAUAUCCUGCACACAAGUUUGUACUUUCUACAUGUAGUGAGUAUUUCAAGGAAAUGUUUUCCAAGAACCCAUGUAAGCAUCCCAUUGUUUUCAUGAAGGAUGUCUCAACUAAGGACAUGGAGGCCUUGCUGGACUUCAUGUACAAGGGUGAGGUCCAUGUACCACAAAGCGAGUUGGGUUCAUUGCUGCGUACAGCUGAGGGGCUUCAGGUAAAAGGCCUUGCUGUACCUGAUGACUCUCCUCGUGGUUCCUCUACCACCCCUAUUGUGCCUUCUGCCUCGUCCGUCCCACGCUCACCUCCGCCCAGUCUUAUGGCUCCAAUGCAUAUGCGGGGUAAACGCAAAAGGCCACCAGAAUCAGCUAAAAAGGAUGACCCCCCAAAGUUGACUUUACGUCCUGACCUUGGACCCCCGGCCACCAACCGCUCACGCAUGAGGAACAGACCAUCAGGCAUGCCAGAACUGAAGAGAAUUAAGAGAGAGGAACAUAACGCAGCAAAUGUGGGCACUAUUGAGCCCGGAGAGGUUCCAGGAUCUCCAAGUCCAACACCAAGCAGUCACAACAGCGAUGAACAGUCACAGAACCUUGCCCAUAAGAUCAAGACCGAAAGAUCUGAAUACUCUAAAGAAGAAGCAGACGACCUGGAUGAGGAUGAAGGGGUGGCAGGAGAAGUAAUGUCGGGGGAAGAAGAGCAGGAACAAGAACCAGAAGAGGAAGAAGAGGAAGAGGAAGAGGAAGAAGAAGAAGGAGCAUUAGGGGAGGGGGAAGGCCUCUCCCAUGGUGUUCUCUCAGAUGUCGAAGAUGGCUAUGAACAAUCUAACUCUUCACUUCCCAAUUCUGACAUAUCCACAACGGAACUGCUACAAGUUGAUUUGAGUGAGGACGGGACACAAUUCAUUAUCGGUCCUGGUGGCUUUGGAGAUAUGAUGUCAAGAGCUUCGUCACUAGCAGGAGAUGAUGAGAGAAAUGGUGACAAAGAGCAGAAGAAGCCAUUUGUUUGUCCUCUCUGUGGGCAGUCAUUUACACGUCGUGACAACCUUGCCAACCAUAUCAAGACCCACACCGGUGACCGUCCGUUUAUGUGCCAGUAUUGCCACAAGUGCUUCUCAAGGAAGGACUAUUUGAAGCAGCAUGAACGCAUCCACACUGGAGAGAAGCCCUAUCCCUGUGACAUCUGUGGUCGUGCAUUUACCAGGAAAGAAGGACUGACAGACCACAUGCGUUGUCAUUCUGACUUCCGAGCCUUUUCCUGUGAAACAUGUGGCAAGAGCUUCAAGCAAAAAUGUGGUUUGCGCUUCCAUAAGAGGAAUUAUAAACAUUAACCUGCCAUAAAGAUCUCCAACACUUAAUUCACUGUUCCAAUUAUGAGGCGGAUAUGGAUAGCCUGUCUCUCAAUUAGUUGGAUGUGGUCCCUUUAAAAAUAUGCCAGAUAAAGGGCUAAUUAAUGCCCCUGUACUAAGUUAGGUCGUGCCAUUUCCUUUAUGUUGAGCACCUAAUUUCUGUGUUCAGAUAGUCAAAUUUACCCUGAGCUUUGUCUAUGGCCCUGGCCAGAUGUAUAUUUUGGGUAUAUGAUUAUGGUUAGUGAAAUAUCACAACUUGUAUAUUGCUGCUCACAUACAGGGAACUUUGUGUAAAUUUGAUUUAUGUUUUGACUUCAACAGGCUUAAUGUAUGGCAAAGGUUUUGCAAAAUGGAAAUUGACUUUAAAAUGUUAGAUUAAUCUCAGGUAAGCUGUAUUAAUAACAGUGCUUACCUUGGUGGAGUCAUUACCUAAAAUUAUGCAAUCCUAAUAUCAGUUUUAAAAUAUACUUUAUAUUCUUACAACUUUUGAUAUUUUCUUCAUCUUUUAUAGAUAUAUAAUGUUUAAAAAUUCAAAUUUAUAACAUAAUGCAGGCCUCCUAAACUUGGUCGUAUGUUACUUGUGUAUUUAUGACUCGCACAGAAGAAUUUGUAUGACACCUUUUUUCAUGUUUGAUACUCUCUCCUCUAACUACACUUUAGGUGCUCUUUGUGGUAUGUUGCACUCCUUGAGUGCUGUUUUCUUCUGCCUUUUAUAAGUUAAGAUUAGAUGCACCAGUAUUUAUUUAAUUAUGAAAAUGAUUUUU